AUGGUUGAAGUUACGGACAAUAAUAGCCCAAAAAAGCAAAGAGCACAGAGAUCUAUAUACGAUUUCACUCAGGCACAUAUUGUCAAAACUGAAGAUUCGCUAAUAGAUGACACGCGAUGCGAGCAAGUUAAACAGGAAAAUGAUACAAACAAUAGUAACUUUGCGUUUGGAGCUGCUGAAACGGUGAAGGUAAAAAUGGAGCCUGUUGUUAAAGACGCAACGGAAACAAGUGGGGACAACAUCAAGGUCAAACGAGAAGUCAACAUGGAAACUCUUGAUAUUGAUUCUUCAGUUCUUUUCCAACAACUAACUACACCUCAAGAACAUCAAGAGAACACACUGAAAUCAUCUAUAUCCCAUGAACUGCGUGUGCUUUGUCCAGUAUGUGAGCUUGACAUAUCGUCGUUGGAUAUUAGAGAAAAGACCGAUCACGUAGACACGUGCCUUGUACGCGUCACGUAUGUCGAUGAGAAGCCAAGUACGAUAAUAGCCACUACCUCUACACAGACUCACAACAAGAACUCCACAUCGCCCGAUAAAAGGGUUUCCUCAAUCACAUCAAAUGGUAAGAAGAGAAAAGUUGAAAAGGAAAAGAUACGAUAUAUCAAUACCGAAACAAAUACAGAAAAGAAGCCCAAAAUAAUCAAACCGCCAACCGCUCCUGCAACCCCAUCCCCCUCCACAUCACGUCGAAGCGAGAUCUCAGUCUUGAAGACUAUGACUUUCCCUAUUGACAAAAAACUGCAAUCAAAAUACCAAGUAUCUGUUGACGCUUUUUCCUUUGCACCGCACGCAGUCAUUGACAAAUACUUCUUGACUCAUUUCCAUGCUGAUCACUACGGAGGUAUAUCUAAAAAAUGGGCGUACGAGCGUGUUUUCAAGAAUGACACAGAUUACGAGGAUGAUUCCAAAUACAAGCGAACCAUUUACUGCACUGAAAUCACAGGAAAAUUGCUAACAUUGUAUUUUUCAAUCGAUCCUCGUUUCAUCAAGCAUAUGGCUAUGGACACGCGGUAUAAAGUGAAAGAUUAUGGUCCAGUGGAUGUUAGUGAUGGUGGUGGGGUUAGUGAUGCAUGCUCACCUGGGUUGUAUGUGACCCCAAUAACGGCAAAUCAUUGUCCUGGAGCUGGGAUAUUUCUUUUUGAGUCUAUUGGAUUGGAUGGAAAUGUACAUCGAAUCCUUCAUUGUGGUGAUUUUAGAGUCAAUAUGACCAUUUUGGAUCAUCCUUUGCUCAAACCAUUUAGCGUGGCAUCUCAAAAGGUUGAAGAGUCAUUGAAAAUUGAUAAAGUUUAUUUAGACACAACUUAUAUGAAUCCUACUUACAAUUUCCCCAAACAGGAAUUAGUAUGUGACACCGUUGCUGAGUUGUUUGAUCACUUGACAACUCAAGAGGACAAUAACCCAAGUAAUAGCUUGUUCAAUACUUGGUUUGGCAUGUCGACACAAAGGAGAAUCACUGAUUUCUGGAAGUUUCAAUCUACUACCCCUACCACUAUCACCACCACCACGACCAUAACGAAGAAGAAGAAGAAGUUUUUGAUAUUGGUGGGUACGUACGUGAUUGGAAAGGAACGGUUGGCAAUUGCGAUUCUGAAACGGCUUCAAUGCCCCAUAUACGCGCUGAAUAUUAACAACAGAAAGAACAAAUACGAUAUACUCAAGAUCUACGAGGAUGAAUACUUGGAUCUGGUGCUAACUGAUGACGAAAUUGGUGAAAAUUCCGAAUCAGAUUGCGUUGUUCACCUUGUCCCCAUGAAUAUCGUGGGUUCAAUUCAAGAACUAUCCAACUACUUUAACCAUAAUCGGUACUAUGAAUCAUUUGAGCGUUGUGUGGGCCUACGACCUACUGGAUGGAGCUUUGCCCAAAAUGGGGGGAAGCAGGAUCUGACCGAGCCAAGAGAGACCGAACCACUGGAAUCAAUCCAACCUACUUCUCUUCAAGCUGUCGCCGACUUGAUGAGACACAAAACAACAUACACUUACACAGACAAUAUCCUAUCACAAGCCCCCAAGAACAAGGGCAAACACAAACCCGACCAAGAAUUGUAUCGCAUAUAUUCACUUCCAUACAGUGAGCAUUCGUCGUUUCGAGAAUUGGCGUACUUUGUUGUGUUUUUCAAUAUCGGUCAGGUUGUUCCUACGGUCAAUUGCCACAAUGUGUUCAAUUUGAAGCGUAUGGAAUCGAUUAUUGCAACUUGGGAACAGUUACGGCGUAUCAAGACGGGACAUUUGAUUGACACUGAUAAGCAUGUUAUUGCUCCUGAAUUGGUUGAGCAAGUACAAAACUUGUCGUUAGAUUCAUUCUAG